AUGUUUGAUGUUAGAGAUGAUUUAGUGAUAUAUGAAUCUGACUCCAGUAAUGGUUAUCACAACUUGCCGAAAUAUAGUGAUAAGAAACAAAAUUCUCCAAAAUUAACCUGUGAUACUGAAGUUCUUGAGAAACGUGAAAGUAUCAGGAGAUGGAUGAGGGAGCAGCGGAAGAAGAGGCUUGCCCAGACCCAAUCCACUCAGAAUGCUAACAUGCUUUCAAAGAAUUCAGCAAAAAGACCUACAAGUUUUAUGAAUGGUACAUUGACCAGUAGACAACUUCGUGAGCGCAGCAGAGAAAGAGAGGAAAAGCAAACACAAUUAAGAGAAGAGUUUCAGAGGAAACGGGAGGAAGAAGUAGAGAAACUUCUGAGAGACCAUGAGGAAGAACUGUCAACACACAGAGCUCUAAUUCAAGAAGGGAGAUGCAGCUCUGAGAGCAGGAGUGUGACCAGGGCCACUCAAUCUAUUGGCAGUAAACCUAAGAAGGUUCCUGAAUUGUUGCAGGGUAGUACCUCACUAUUAAAUGCCAGUCCACUACCUAAAAGGAAUACCGAGUUGGCUGUCAAAGGCAGCUCGUCUUUACACAGAGGAAAACUGAACAUUAAAAACAUCUCAAAGCAUAGCACGAAAGUAUCAAGUGCUCAUGACAAGAGUUUCAAAUCAAAUCCCACUUUAGACAAUGAUAAGAAGAUACAGGAAGAGAUCAGUCGUCUAAAAGAGUGUAUGAGAUCGUCAAGGAAGUUAAGAAUAGCCCCAGGAAACUCAAGCUGGUCCAUCAACAGAGAUGAAAUGCUUUCUUCUGACCGGAGUUUUCAUUCUGACCAUUUAGAUGAAGAGCAGACGAAACACAAAAGUAAAAAGGUGAAGAAUAGUCAUAUAUUAGACAAUACCAGAAGUGACAUACCGGUGAAAAAUAACAAUGUAAGUUCUGAUAAGCACUUACGAAGAAAUGAAAGCUUUUCACUACCCUUGGACCGUAUAUCAGAGGUCGACUCAUCUUCACAGAGUUGUAGUUUAAAUAAUGCAGAGCAGUCACCCAAUGGAGAUGAUACAAAGUGGAAGUUCCUGCAGAAGGGGAAGGAGGUGCGCGUCGGGAGGGGCACGUACGGGCGCGUGGUGCGCGUGAGCUACAAGGGGAAGGAGUGCGCCCUCAAGCUGGCCGCCCCCGGCUCACAGGUGACGUUCCAGCACGAGUUGGAGAUGCUGAAGCGAUUGCAGGGCGCGGGAGGAGCGCCCGUGCCCCUGGCGUACAGCGAGGAGCCCUCGCGCCUACUAAUGACGUACCUGGGCAAGGAGACCCUGGCCGACGUCCUGAGUGCGCGGCGUAGCCCGAAGCAGCUCCUCCAGGUGAGCCUGAAGCUGGUGGAGGCCGUGGCGGCCGUGCACGCCGCCGGGAUCGUCCACUGCGACUUGAAGCCGACCAACGUGAUGGUUCAGCUGCGCGGCGCAGGAGGAGCGCCGACUGUGCACGUGAUCGACUUCGGGCUGGCACUGCCGGUGGGCCAGUGCCACCCGAAGAGCAGCCAAGGACGGCACUCGUGGUACUGCGCGUGCGUGCACGAAGGCACGGCGGUGACGGCUAAGUGCGACGUGGUGGGCGUGGGGGUGAUUCUGCAGUUCGUGUCGGAGAGCAUGCUGAAGGCGCCGCCGGCGGCCCUGCAGGCGCUGGCGGAGCGAGCGCAGCGCCCCGAGCACGACCAGCGCCCCACGGUCCAGGAGAUCGCCGAGGCGCUCGAGGACAUGCUGCGCCUCUGCCACUGA